AGAAAACAUCAUGGAUAUGCAAUAACUGCCAGUCUACUUGUGGACUGAACCCCAUGCCUGCUGGUCUUGCAGCUCUCUCUCCUGGUCACAGAUAUGUUGUUUAACUACGAAUUAUCAGCUCCCAUUAUCCUACAGAGAGCCCGGGGGCUGCAGGUUGGAAGUUCCGGGCCCCAGGCCAGGUCACGUGAGCUCCCCAGAGCAGAUGACGGCGGCCAAGAUAAAGAAAUGCAAAGUCAUGGCUGGAACUGACUGCCAGUCCCACUAACCAACAGGCACCCUGCACACUGCCAUCUAUCAGGCUCCGGCGCUGGGUGACACAAGGCAGACACAGUUCAGUUGCUGAAAGGAGCGGAGCGAUAUUGAGUCUGAGAGCGACACCAUGAAGAUCGCACUGAGUUUGCUGAGCCUGGGGCUGGUCCUGGCACUGACACUGGCAGAGAGUAACAUCAGUCCCCCGGUGGUUAAAGUUUACACUGCGGAGCCGGUGGAGUUUGGCAAAAAGAACGAGCUGAUCUGCUAUGCGUACGACUACCACCCUCCCCGCAUGGAGAUCUCUCUGCUCAAGAACGGAGUGGAGAUCCCAGACACCAAGCAGAAGGAUCCCUCGUUCCACCACAACUGGAAGUAUUACACCAUGAUGAGUGCCCACGUGCACAUCGACAGCGAUGAUAAAGUGGAAUGUCUGGUCGCCCACAAUGGGAGCCCCCCCAAGAGGCACAAAUUGGACAUGUUCUGAGCCGCAGACUGACUGCAGCUGAAGAUUGAGGAAAGCAGAUUCCAACACCCUGCCCUCUUCCCUUCCCUGUCCCUCCCACUUCCCUUCCCUUUCCCUCCCACUUCCCUUCCCUGUCCCUCCCACUUCCCUUCCCUGUCCCUCCCACUUCCCUUCCCUUUCCCUCCCACUUCCCUUCCCUGUCCCUCCCACUUCCCUUCCCUUUCCCUCCCACUUCCCUUCCCUGUCCCUCCCACUUCCUUUCCCUUUCCCUCCCACUUCCCUUCCCUUUCCCUCCCACUUCCUUUCCCUUUUCCUCUCACUUCCCUUUCCCUCCCACUUCCUGUCCCUCCCACUUCCUUUCCCUCCCAUAAUGCUAUAUAGCUACAUAGCUUCCGGGGGUGUAACCCUUACAGGAUCAGGGCGGAGUGUGAAGUGAAUGUCCCCUCACUUUCCCCUCUGCCGCCCCCUAGAGAAGGCUCUUUGAUUCAGUCUAGAGAUUGCCCCGCUCCAUGCUCCCCUAUACACAUUACACAGACUCUAUACACAUAGGUCUCUUCUGUGUUACCCCCUUAGGGCAGUAUUGAUUCCCACCCUCCCCCUUAUACAUUACAAUCUAUACAUUUGCUUCCUAUAGCGCCACCUAGGGUUCUUUUUAUAUACAGAUAAUUGUGCUGUAAUUACUGCUUAUUGAUUGGAGUGAGUGCACAUGUCUGCCCCCUUGUGGCGAGCCUGUGCUACAGCAAUGAUCUAGCGCUACUUUAGCUGGUAUUCAUCCAAUCACUGAUCUCUAUACAUACAGUAAGGUUUUAUGUUUCACAGCUCACAGGCCAUUAGAGCAGGGAUGUCCCAGCAUGCAUCGCUUUCUUCAGUGUUUACCAACAGCCAAAGAUUUGAGGGUUGUAGUUCAACAACAUCCACGUAUCGGCAGUAGCAGCGUCAAGUUCAUCCCUGUGUUAUAACCAUGGCUCUUUAUAAUAAAACUGAGAUUUUUGUUUCUGAUUGGUUUGUGCUCUAACUGGGUGUUUAUUUACAAUUUUAAAUAAAUUAAAUUUUAAUCUAU